GCAGCAACAGUUAAGGCUAAGCUUAUGUCACAAAACACUGACUGGGCUUUGUCAUCUCUGAAGACAGCCAGAAGUUAUUUAAAGACAGGAAAAAGUUGCACUUGUAGCCAUGUUCCAGUUCCACAGAGAUCUCUGCAAACUGCAUUUACCUUGUGAAGGACUGCUUCACUUCCUUCAUCAUCAUGCAGCACAUGUCACAACCCGGCACGGUGGGGAACUGCUAGUCCAAGGCUGACUCCCUGUUUUUGACUGAGUCCUUGGGCUUGAAGACUCAUUGACGUUGCUGAGAUUGACACUUGAACCUUCAAGAGAAGAGCCUUUCUGAUGGUCCUGCUCCACUCCACCUGACCCUAUGAAAGGAGGGUUCACCAUAGCUCCGUCCUUUGUGCUCCAGUUCCACAAGAUGGGCUCGUUCAGAAGGCCGCGGCCUCGCUUCAUGAGCUCCCCUGUCCUCAGUGAUCUGCCUCGGUUCCAGGCAGCCCGGCAGGCCAUGCAGCUCAGCUCCAACUCUGCCUGGAACAGUGUUCAAACAGCAGUGAUAAAUGUGUUCAAAGGGGGAGGCUUGCAGAACAAUGAGCUUUACACCCUCAAUGAACAUAUCAGACGGCUGCUGAAGAGUGAACUUGGAUCCUUCAUCACAGAUUACUUUCAGAACCAGCUCCUUGCGAAAGGCUUGCUGUUUAUGGAGGAGAAGGUCAAGCUGUGUGAAGGUGAGGAUCGCAUUGAUGUCCUGUCUGAAAUCUGGGAUCACUAUUUUACAGAGACUCUUCCUACUCUCCAGGCAAUAUUCUACCCAGUCCAGGGUCAGGAGUUAACUAUCCGUCAGAUUGCUCUCCUUGGCUUCAGAGACUUGGUCUUGCUAAAAGUAAAGUUGGAAGAAAUCCUUCCCCUGGUCCAGACAAAGCUUCCAGCUUCCAUUGUCCAGAUGCUGUUAAUUCUGCAGAGUGUCCAUGAGCCUACUGGCCCCACUGAGGGCUACCUACAGCUGGAAGAACUGGUCAAGCAGGUGGUAUCACCAUUCUUAGGUUUGUGUGAGGAUCACAGCUCCUCUGGUAGCACCUGCUUGCUUGAGAGACGGUACUCCAGAUCCCGUCCUAAGGCCUUGACCCCACUGACAGAGCAGGAGGGCGAGGCUUACCUGGAGAAAUGUGGAAGCAUCCGUCGCCACACUGUUGCCAACGCUCACUCGGACAUCCAGCUCCUGGCCAUGGCCUCCAUGAUGCACACGGGAAUGGUCAUCGAGGAAUCGGACACUCCUGACAAAUGCCUCCUGCUGCAGCCCAGCUGCUUCAGCCACAGGCAGUGCUCCAGCGAGCCCAGCAUUGCCGACGGCCCCGAGGGAGUCGUGGCAGCAGCCAGCAGGCAGGACCCUGCCGAGCUGAACUGCACCUCUGUCAGCUAGAAGGAGUCUGCCUGAGCGCUGGAGAACUGUAGGCACUAAGCUGGACAAAGUGCUGUCUCAUCCCUGCUGGGAAAAAAAGAGAAAAAUAGGAAUUUUGCUCACAUCAUUGAAAUGGCCUCGAGGGUUCUUAUGGUUGAGAAAUGCUCUCUAGAUAUGUUUUUUAACCAGUCUGGGGUCAUUGUUGAUGGAGGUACCAGGCUGCUCCCAAAUGACCACUGAGGACUGCAAAGGUUUUGCUGUUGAACAGCACAGUCUGCCUUCUGUAAGCUUUCUCCCUCUACUAGUAUAAACCUUCUGGCAUCAGAUUUCCUUCCUUUUCUUUGGUAUGAUACAAAUUGGGUUCUUUCUGCUUUUCUCCAUCUUUUCCAGUUGUGCUUCUCCUUUUCCCUUUGUCCCUGCAGUGGAGACCUUUGUGCUCAAUGCUCUCUUUGCUUCUGGUGCUAGUGUGGUGAAUGCUGAGCACUUCAUUUCUCUUUUAAAGUUGAACUCAGGGAUGAAACCAUUUGCAUCCUGCAGAAAGAUCUGCUGAGGUGAGAGAAAGAGAUCCUUCACUUUUUUCUUCUCGUGGGCAUGGAUGAAAAGUCCAAAUCAGACUUACUUUUUUCCCAGACCUGAAGAGAACAGAGUAUAUGUGGAGUCUGAGCUGAGUACUUCAUAUGUACUUUAUUUGGUUCCAGUCAUAUCUUGGGGGUUCAGGUAUAAAUUGGGUGCAAAGGAUGGCUGGGUGUAUAAAGUGAGUGCAAAUUAGAAUAUUGAACAUCUUGCCAUUUGCCGUCAAUUUGCUCUCAAAAUGCCAGUGGUGAUAGGGGUAUGAUGAAAGAGAAAAUCAAAUGUGAAGGAGAUGCUCCAUUUGUGUGUGAGGUGUAAAGGUGCUUCUCAGCACUGGGCCAUCGUGACUCUGGACCAGGAGGUGAUGAUCAGGAUUUCAUCCUGGGCCUGCCCUGGUACUUUUAGCACUUGCAGAUUUCUUGAGAGGAGGAAUAAUCAGCGGGGUGUGGAAAGGAGUCCUGUCUCAGUGUAUUCAUGAAGUGCUCCUGACCUCCAGUGGUAUGCGACUCAGUGCAGUAUUGCUUUUUAGAUAAAUUGAGGGCUCUUUGCAGUCUUUGGUUUUGUUUUUAUUGUGAAGAUUAGGAAUGGGUCCAGUCUGCAGGUGUGUGUCAGGCACUGCAGCCUGCAGUGUCUGCUUUGUAGCAUCACUUGGUACUCCAAUGCUGCUCCUGUGGGAACAGAUCCAAUCUGUUUGAGCUGUCCCCUGGAAUACUCUGCUGAUGUCUUGCUAAGCAGAUUUGCAAGUGUAAUUAUAAGCUUAGAGGUGAACUGUAAUGCUGCCUUAGAUGUCAAAUCCCAUUAAAAAUAUGGACAACUACCACUUGAAUCUACUCCUAGUGGUACUGACUGUAAAUAAAUAUGUCUUGACAAGGAAACAGAAGGUUAGGAUGAGCCUUUGGGAUUUUUAUUUUUUUGCAUGCUAUGACAUUAACUGUAGAAUUUGCCCUGCUUCUGUUGGGCAUUAAACAUCUUCUGCUACACUGGUGGUACUGAAAGUACAGCUCUGGCCUGCCAGGAUUUGGCCUUAGUAGCACGUGCAGGAAAAGGAAAGCAGAUUAUUAUUUGGCAACAAAGCAUCAGAAAUACCAGCUAUGAGCACAAGCCACGCUGCCUUGAUAAAUGAGGGUGUUGCUUUGUCUACUGUGGUUUGCAAAUGUUGAAAGAGACACUUGGAAGAGCCUUGUUUUCCAUGCCAUCACCUGAGCUCGUGGCCUUUUGGGAAAGGCCCAGUGUUUGGAUCACAAGCUGUGCUUUCCAUGUCAGGAAAAGAGGUUCAGUUGUGCUGGCUGCCUCCUCUUCCUCAGAGCAUCCACAGUCCAGAAGAGGCCAGGAAAAUGUGCCUUUAAGCAGCGUUCCUUUCAGAUGGAUUGUAGGAUAAAUUGCUCUCCUGUUCACAAAUUGGACUGGCCAGGCCAACUUACUGUCGUCUGCCCCAGGGCAGCCAUGGAUUGUGGUGGAGCUGCAGAAUCUCUGUGGUGGCAGCCAAGCCAUCCUGGUCUUACCCUGGCACAGUCUCUCCAGUGUGGGGCAGAUGAUGGUGUCCUGCUCAGUUAAUUUCUUUGGCCCCUUGCCAUGAUUUAAAGCCUUCUCUUACUCACACUGAGGUGUGUGGGGAGGGGGUCACCCUGCAGCAUUUCAGUUCACUCCUAUGAAUGCUUUUCUUCUUUCUGUUCCCCCUGUAACCUAUUUGCCUUCUGUAAAUACCCAAACCAUUUCGAUUAGAGAGCAGCACCCUCUUUUAUGGUGAAAACUAGAAUGAUUUAUUUAUUUCCUGACAUAUUCUUGGAUCAUCUCUAGGGCUAAUAGGAGUUAGUCCUGGUUUUAACUUGAAUUUCUUUUGUUUUACACAUAUGUAUGAUUUUAAUUAUUUUGGUUUUGUAUCUGUUACUUUGCAAAAAUUUGCACCAAGCCCUCUGAAUCGUGCACUUCCUCCAUUGUUUUGUUUUUAAGGAGAAUUAAAGCUGGUGGCCUUACUUUGUAAAGUGAAGUAAACACAACUUGUUCUGUAAA